UAGGGAUGUAGUUUGCCCCAGUGUCGUGGGAUGUACAAUAUCGAGGAAGGGAGGGAGGGAGGAAGGGAGGAGAGGGAAAGGGAAGGACAGGAUAGGAAAGCGUGCGAGUCCUCGGGGGCAAGGGGGAGACGCAACGAAGAUAAAUCGAGAAACCGAAAGGGUGUGUCUGGGUGUGAUUAGCAGCUGAUCAGAGCCAAGGGAAGGGAUCAGUCGGGAUCGAUUGAUUGAUUGAUUGAUUGAUUGAGAGCGGAGACUCCGGAGAGGGGUAGGGCAAGGCAACUGAGAGGUGGAAUACAUCUCGGAACUGAGGGGGCAUGUUCAGACUCGGACUUUUCUGAUUGCGCUCUGGACGUGUUUGCGGUCGGAUGCGUUCAGGUCUGGCCGUAAUUGCUGUCAGAUACAUUAUGGAAAGUGCUAGUGUUAGUGAGUAUGCUGUGACAAGUGGAAGGCAGCUGAGAGGCGGGAGAAGUCGAGAGGAGGAGGGAGUGGCAGCUGAUCAGAGGAGCGGGAACGGAUUGAUUGACGGCGAAGAAGAGAUUGCUGGUACUGGGGAGAUGGUGCCUACCAUUGUCAAACGUCUCUCGCGCCUGUGGAACCUUGGCCACUUGAUUUGUGCGCGAUCGAACUCACUACGAGAUGACCAGCGGGACGUUGGAGACGGGCGGUUGGAAGGAGGUCUGAGAGGGUGGAAGACAAAUGACGCAUUUCUGGACUCCUGUUUUUCGAAGGAUGACAACCAUAAACUCACACGGCGGUCGUCCUGGAAAUCUCUGCGCCGUAGUCUAAGUGAUGAUCUGCAACUGCUAACGGACUCGCUGGAGAUGAGCGACGAGAGUUCGGAUGGCAAUGACAAGGAGGAGGAGGAGGAGUCACGGGACCAUUAUGUGCCACUGCACUGCGCGCCGAACGGAGACGGAGAUGCAGACGGAAACGAGGAUGCCUAUAAAGCCGAGAGCGGUUUGGAAAGCUUGCCCGAUAAUCUGUUGGUGUUCAUAUUCCGGAACAUUGUUGGCGACACACCCACGCUGUUUCGAUGUAUGGCAGUAUCGAGAAGGUUUCGGCGGCUUGUACCGUUGGCCUUGAAGGACAUGCAUCAUCUCGCUUUCGCCAACCUCGCUGGGGAUGAUGUUGCGAGGGCACUGUCAUGGACAAGGCACCUCCGAAGGCUCUCGUUGAAGUACGAGACAAACUUGGAUGUGAUCGCGCCCAAGUCGGUUUUGCCGGACUUUCAGAUUAUAUGGCGUCAAAGUGGCAGUGCGGACUUGUCGCCUUCAUUCUUGAAGGAAAGAGGAAUAGCGGAACAGGACGAGAGCACACCAACGCUCACCUUCGACUCCUUGCAGUUAUGGCUUAGUGGCCCGGCGACGUGGAAAUUCUACCAGAGUGUGGCGGCGCUAGCCAUGGCAUAUGUCAAGAUGGUGAAGACAUCUGGGAAACAAGUGAUGACGUUCUCGCUUCGGAUUGGAUCUGGAGAUCCUGCACCCGCACUGGAGCAGCAGCGCCCGGCAGAUUGGGCUACGUUUCAGACGCAGAAGAGAAUGUGCGGUGCAACGAAGCCGCCAAAGACGCAAGGGGUAUCGUGGAUAGGUUUUGUCUGCGUGGGGCCGCAGGCGGCGUCAAAUCGAGCGGGGUUUGAGGCUGCCUCUCGCGACCUGAAGCUGUUGAUGGCGCCAAGGCUGUUCAAAUUGGCAUGCCUACACCGUUCCUCUGCCAGGAACCGCAGAUGGGUGGCUCCUCCAGUUGUUUUUGACAUUGAAUUUGUGCAUGCCGCAUCGUUGACGCCAAUCCAGCAAGAUCCUGCUCGCGCCGCACCGGAAAAAAACACUGACAACAGCGAUUAUGACAAUGACAGCAAGAGCGGCAGUCGUGUCGACAAUGAGGACAAGGGUGAGGCAUUCUUGGCAUCUGACGAACUGACAAAGGAUCUGUGCAGGCCCUGCGGCAGAUGUCAGAAGAGUGAGGAGGAGGAGGGGUCAUGUUCAGUGAGGGACAGACCUACCGACAUCACGGACUCUUUGAUAUGCUUGCUGGCACAGAUUAUCGAUGAACAUCCCGGCGAAUGAAUCCAGCUGGGGAUGGCAAAGGAAGCCUGCUAAACCGGAACCAAAUUUAGUCCCACAGAACUGAAUUCAGUCCUCAUGAAUGCUGUCGUCGGUUGGGUACAUAGAUUUAUACUUCGAUUUAUACUUCGAUAAAAUGGAGAUUUCAAGAUUUGUGAUCGUCUCUAGGUCAGUGUUCGUUUCUAGAGGAUCUAACGGUUAGGAUUUACCUUCUUGAAUAUGGAGUUUGGUGAUAGUUUUUUUUUAGUACUACUUACAGUUCUAAGUGUAGCUUAUGUUAUUAUGUUUACUUUCACUGCAGAAAAAGUGCAGAAAUAUUGCAAUAUUGAAAGCCAUCUUUUGCCAAGUUUUGUGGAUAAAUGGAUAAAUGAAAUGUAAUAUACCUAGUGGGUCUUAUACGUGCAUGUUGGUCGAUGGCAUUUCAGGUGCCCCGUGUUGGGAGGGAGGGCGACUGGCGCAAGUAAGCAGUUUUUGCAUUGCCGAGCCCUGCGCAGUACGCAGGAGUUCUGAGGAAUUACACCUUCCACCAUUAUGUGAAGUUGCUCAUGGUUCAUGCUUAGAUAUGUGUAGAAUCUGUACAUGUAUUUUAUGCACCCAGCUAUCUUACCACCUCUCUCGCUCGCGUGGCUGCGGAAGUUGAGGUGCCACUUCUGGGACUGACAUUGCUAGUCGGAGGUCUGUGUUCGUAAUUUUCAGUUCCGUGGUGCACACGGAGGAGCUAUCUGGACUUGUGCAUUCUUCAGAAGGUUAUUUGUGAUAUCACCCCCUACUGUCCUACUGAGGUUGGUCUCUGUGUGUGUGUGUGUGUGUGUGUGUGUGUGUAGUCGUGUUCCCUAUAGACAACUCCGCAGAGAAGCAUGACUGGGCAAGACUGUUUUGUUGGACUUUCGUCGACUCAUCAGGAGGUUGAAGCCCCGACUGGCAGUCCGCCCAGGAUGCAUUUGACUGAUGUAUAAGGACUCACCGUGUAGCCCGGUGUGUGUGUGUGUGUGUGUGUGUGUGUGUGUGUGUGUGUGUUGCACACCGCUUUCGCUUGUGCAAGAGAGGAAGAGAUAAGGACGUAGAAGGGAGAUUGAACCCUUUUCUCUAAGGGAUUGCAAAGAGGAUGAGCACUGGAGUUGUGCAGAUUACCUAUAUGAGUAGGUAGGAGAAACUCCGACGAAACAGUUUGUCACGGCCCCUUGUUUGUUGUCCUCUUCUCCCUCCCUCUCUGCCUACGGUUCACCGGGAAGCUCUGUUUGACGAUAUAUUAAGUUCUCUCCUUAUGAUUAUUUUGUGUUUCCUUAACAAACAUUAUUCGAUAUU